GCGUUUACGACUUAUGGAUGCGAUUCCUUAAUGUCAUCACAUAUUCUGUUUGAUUGAAAACAUAUCUCAUAUAUUCAGUGAAUACUCUCUUUUGUCGUAUUUUAUUGUUUUAUUUUUAUUGAAUGAUAUGAUCGGGAACUACACGACCAACGCUUUCCACUAUUAUAUUUUGUGAUAUCCAUUGCCAGUGACUUUAUGUGAAGGCAUACUGUCAUCCGCCACACCCUUAACCCCCGGAACCAAAUAUCCAUAUAUUAAACGUUACAUAAAAUAUAAUAUAUUAUAAGUGAUGGAACUCUAUAUGGUUUGUGUGUUGAUCGCAAUAGCGAUGUCAAUGUUCAUCAUAAAAGGCAUUCAGUGUGUGAUGUCUGUCACCCAUCCUCUGCCCGACAAAGAGCUUCAAUGGAAAAGAUCUCCGCAUUUGCCGUCACAAGAGUUACGAGCCGUGAAGUCCAAGAAUACCAAAAAGUCUAAAAACUCGUGGAAAAAACAACAACAGGGAAAACAAUUGUUGGCCCACUUGGAGAUACCAAUGGAAAGUGUUUUCAUAGAGGAAGAGAUCGACGGAAACUUCGACAGAGGAGGAGAAGAGAGACCCGAGAGGAUGGAGAGGUUGGAGAGGCCACAGGAGAGAGGGGACAGUAGAGCGACGAUGGUUUGAAUCAUAGAAAACGCUAAUUAAUACGAGAGACACACAAAACACGCGAAGCG